GCGGGAGAUGGCAAUGGCCGCAACAGGAGAUAACGAGGAAGUCGAAGUGACGCUGCAGGAAGUACUCGAACAAGACACAGAGCUCGUGCACACAGCCAACGCUGUCUUGGGAGAUGCCAGUGCUACCCAUUGCUCGUUCCCUGAUGGUUACGUCCGCCAAGCGUUGUUUGCGUGCCUAACGUGCAAGACUGACGAGCCUGCCGGUCUGUGCUUGGCGUGCAGUUUGACAUGUCAUACCGACCACGAACUAGUCGAGUUAUACACGAAGCGCCACUUUCGAUGUGACUGUGGCAACUCCAAGUUCAACCAAGACGCGCCAUGCAAACUGUACGAAGGCAAGGAUCCUCUGAACAAAGAGAACGCGUACAGCCAGAACUUCCACGGUCGGUACUGCUCGUGUCAUCGACCGUAUCCUGAUCCAGACCGAACAACCCCCGAGAUCAUGAUUCAGUGCAUCGUUUGCGAAGACUGGUUCCACGAAGAGCAUCUCUUCGAAGAUUCAGCCACGAAUGCCGCGGUGCUGGACACCGACUUUGACGAGAUGGUGUGUCGAUCGUGCAUGGCGUCGCAUGCGUUCUUGUACAACUACGCAGUCAGCGGCGCUUCCUCCGCACCGACAGAUCAAGCUGCGUCUGGUGUCUGUCGAAUGACGGCGACGGUGUCGCCGCCGUCCCCGGCAACGCCCACCUUCUGGACCCAAGGCUGGCGCGGCACACUGUGCCAGUGCGACACAUGUGUCGAGUUGUACGAGUCGCUGGGGUGCCGUUUUUUGCUGGACGAGUCCGACUCGUUGCUGGCGUACGAGGCCAAAGCGGCCACGACGUCGACCGACGACGCAUCCGUGAAGGCGUUCCAAACAGGGUUAUCCCAUGAGCAGCAAGUGGAAAUGGCCAUCGGGUACGAUCACAUGGCAACGUCAUUAAAGGAAUACUUGGCCGGGUUUGCCGCGUCCGGUCAAACCGUCAAAGCCGAAGACAUUCAAGAGUUUUUCCAGACAUUGCGCGCGUCCAAGCGUCAGAAGCGCGACAAGUAACGAGUGAAUGAAAACGAUUGAUCAACAACAUCGUGCGCUGCGUGCCUUGUCGCGUGCAGCGAGGCAACGAAAGGCUCCAAAAUGUCGGUCGAAGCGGACCUUCAUGACACGAUCCACACGAUGCUGCGUGGACGUGCAACAAAGACGUAUUGUUGGUGGCG